CGCCACCAGUGGGGCGCGCCUAGGAGCACAUUCUUGCGCUGAUCCAGGUGUCCGACGCACAGCCACACGGCUGGGUUUGACUCCGGGAAGAAGCUCAUCCGACGGACGCCGCUGCCACCGCUGCCACCAUCGCCACUGCCGGCCCCAUGGCGUCCAUGAACCGUCACGCGGGCAGCGGCGAGGGCACCGGCUCCAUGAGGCGCCUCCCCGCGCGCUUCUCAACGCUCCCCUCGCUCCCUGGCGGCGGGCGGCUCAACGGAGGGCCCGGCGGGGGUGGCUCGGGCACCCUGGGGCGCCCGUGGGGGGCGACGACGGAGGGGGGCGCGAUGGGGAGCCCAGGGAACGGCCCGACGGCGAUGGAGGGGGGCGCGACGGAGAUGUCGCCGGGAGGCGGCGGGGGCCCCCUGUCGCCCACGGCGUACGACGUGCGCACCGAGACCUUCGAGCUGCCCAACAUCUGGAGCCUGUUCGCCUUCAGGAACGUGGGCAACGCCGGUGGAGAGCAGGUGCGUGCGCGAGGCCCCGCGGCCCUGCAGAGGAACGUGAGCUUCCACCGCUCCAGCUCGCGCUCGCGCGUGCCCGCGCCAUCCUCCUCGCGCGACACACUACGCAGCACCCUCGACACCACGCUGCGUCUCUUGCGGGGCGUGGGGCUCUCCGAUUUUGAGGAGCGGGAGUUCGAGGCGAGCAUCCAGGACCUGGCGAACCAGGUGCGAGAGAUAGAGGCCGAGGAGCGCGGAAACGUCGACAGCAAGCGUCAGCAGCAUCUGCUCGCCCGGAAGGAGAUGCUUUUGGUGAACCUCAUCCUCAUCCAGAACGACCUCCUGGGAUACAAGGCCCGCGUGCAGGGGCAGCGCUACAGCCAGAGCAGCGACGAGCAGGACUGGGUGUUUGAGGAGUCGACGUCGAAAGGGAGCGGAGGUGGAGGAGGAGGAGGAGGAGGAGGAGGUGGAGGAGUCGUGGAGCAGAGGACAAGCGAGAGCUGGAAACGUCGCGUGGAGAGACCGCCGACCACUUCGUACACCGCCAAUAACCACACGAUGAGAGGCCGGGCGAGCAAGGUGGAGGUGACGCAGACGGAGCCGCCGCGCCCCGCCAGGCGCCUGCCCUCCCCGGCCGCCCCCACGCCCCCCGAGCAGCACUCCGUGUCCCCCCUCGUGUCGCCUCCUCCGGUCGCUCCGCCACCCCAGCACCAGUUCCCCGUGUCCCCCGCGCCCCCCAGCCCGAAAACGCUGUCGCGGCAGCACGACGCGCUUCUCAGCCAGGAGAUGCAGCCGGUGAGCGAUCUGCUGGGAGAGCUGCGCGGGACGUCGAGCGAACUCUACAACUGCCUGGAGACCAACGUGCAGGGCCUGCGUACCAGGCUGAAAUCCCUGGACAGCCCAGCGAUAAAGAACGACGUCGACAACAUCGACCUGAAGAUCCCAGGAGGCACGUCCGACACGGUGCGCUUGCACCUGCGGGGACUGCUGGAGGUGAAAUCGUCCAUGGACAGGGCCAUGAAGCUGGUGAUGGGGACCUUCGGAGCGCUCACCAACGAGCUCGCCCGUCUGCAGGAUGACGUCCGGAGCUCGGAGAACGCUCGCUUACACCUGUCCGAGGAAGCCAUGAAGAAGGGGCAGCUCGCCGAGAAGUACUCCCAGCUGGCGAGCAACCUCCAGAAAAACAACCUGGAGCUGCAGCAAUCCCUGGCAUCCGGCACAGCUGAUUCGCUGAGCCUGCAGGAAAUGAAGCGAGCGUUGGAGGCGGCGCGGAGCGAGUGCGAGUCUCAGCAGCGUAAGACCGAGUCGGUGCUGCAGCAGCAGAGGCAGCAGCAGGAGCAGCACCAGGCACAGCUCAUGUCCCUGAAGUCGGAGAGGGAGUCUUCGAACCAGGCGUCGAUUGAGGAGAUGCGACGCCACUACGAGUCGCAGCUCGCUGACCAGGCCGCCGAGAGGGACAGGGAGGUGUCCAGCAUGAAGAUGAGGAUCGAGAGCUUCCAGCAGCAGAGCCAGAGCUCGAGCCAGGGCAGUGACCAGCGCCUGGCGGAGCUGCAGCGCACCAUCUCCCAGCAGGAACAGAUCAUCGCCACGCUCCGCGAGGAGAUGGAGAGGUUGAGGAUGUCCAUGAGCCAAAGGUCGACCAUGCAGUCGUCCACCGUGGUGAACACCGCCGCCAAGCGGGAGACGGAGUACCCGUACCUACGCCUGGUGCCCACGUACGGAGAGUGCGUGUACAGCAACUACUCCGUGCAGAACGCCGGACACCACGGAGAUAGCAGAGUCGCGAGCGAGAAGGCGACCAAGACCGUCCGAUUUGCGGAAUCCGAGAGAAUCUUCUAAGGGGGAAACGCACGGUGCCACGUCCACACGCGGGAGCGCAGACUCACCAGGAAACACCUUUCCCCAAUGGUCAGCAACCAGAAUAUCAACUUGGCAUGUAUGGGUAACCCUCUAAACACAACAACAACAACGGUUGCCGUUUGCCCGCUAAGUGGCGGGGAUGUCACCACGGCGUUUGUGCGAGGCUCGGUGCACUUUGAAGCCACCGCGUGAAGUGUCAAGGCUUGCUGUGGCAGACCCAUAACACCUGGGUCUGUUCUCAGGUGUUAAUGGGUUAAUUCUACACAUGGGCACACGCAGCUACGUACUCAAAUGCAUGCACACAUCCUCGCGCACACACUCACGCACGGAUGCACAGGUUGCUGGCCAAUGUCACUCUUCAACGUGCACAGAAGCACCGCAAUGCUUUUGGUGCAGGUUAAUUGGGUUUGGGUUUCUGAAUUUUCUUAAUUAUUGUUAUUAUUUAGCUUUUUGUACACUUUAAUGUGUUAACAAACAAAUAAUUCCUUUUUUUUAUUUGUUACUGUUUAGUAGUUUAGUCAAAGAAUAACAUCAUUUUGGGGAAACUGAAUGUCAGGUGAGUGGCGACGCAUUCAAUGGCACUUGGAUGAUCUCAGUUAGCUACGUACGGCGCGAAGGAAGCUCAACGUGACUUUACCGAAAGAACCAAGAAGAUGGGUAUAUACUUCUACACUCCCGCCAGCUCCACCGUCUCGUUCAUCCCAACCUCGGGGGUGGAGGGUUGGCACCGUAUUCCGACGCGGAGAGAACUCCGCACCCCCACGGCCUGCACAGUACCCAGUGGCACGAACCGCGAGUCCUGCUCCCCGUGAAUUACGCCAAUGCCUACACUGCACUCAUUGUUGGGGGGGGGGCAGGCUAUUUGACCAUACUUCACCACGCUGGUUCGUGCGGGUUGUCUAAAGGCAGGGGAGGCAUAGACGUGAGGGCACAGCAGCGGUACAAUUGAUGUUGCUGUGCCACCACACCUCUGGCUGCCCACACUCGGCAUAGCUCGUGAUAAAUGGCCCGGAAUGGGUGCCCGAUCUCAGCAGCUAAGCAGUAUGAGCCUGGCUAGCUCUAGGAUGAGUGACCGCCGUGCAUGAAACAGGCUGCAUUGUGGAGAUGCGUGUGACGUGACCAACGUGUGUUGAGAAAUACGUUAAUAAAUAAUACCGGCCCAUUCACUAAUUUUCAAGGUUAUUUUUAAAACCCACAUUUUCUACGUUCUUAAUCGCGUAAUGAAAGCCAUGCGUUUUUAGCGCUUUACUGAAUGAAUGAUCCUGUAAUAGAUAGAAUCAAGAAUUUGUACUACGAAUGCUGGUCACCUCACAGCCCAAGUCUUACAACAACUGGCAUUCAGUCUCCCACAAGAUUAUCCAAAGGCGGUGGUAGUUAUGCAAUGCCUAUAACCUAGUCUGGGAAAACUAGACGAAAGACCCAUGAUCAGGGGAGAGACAAUAACUGACCACACGUAGGAGGAGUGUCUUUAUACAGAUUGUCCUUGGCUAAAAACCAGGCUUACGUGGCUGUGGAGACCACUAUAGAGGACAUUGUUUGAGCUUUGACUUUGUAACCCUUUCGAGUACUUUUCAAGCUAGAUUUGAGAUGCAAUGGACAUUUUCCAAAAUGUCAGGGCCUAGCAUUAAAGACUGAGUAUAGGAGCUACCAGCAGCAUUCUUGAGGGCAUGAGAAAUGCUGGAGGCAUUGACGGUGGCAUGAAUUGAAGCCCCGUUAAUGAAAGGGGGGACACGUUGAGAUAUGAGUUUGAUGGGUAGAGAGUCAAGGAUAGAAAAUAUUUUUUUAAUCGAUUUGUAGAAUUAGUACAUGCUACUUUUUAGCAAAGUGGUUUGCCCACCCCUGUGCAGUAGCGCACUAUGAUGAGCUACAAAGUCUGAACACGAUUCAGCAUUUGCUUACUUGUAUCUCUCUUCCACUAUAGACUUGAGUUUCGACAGAGCAGAGCCAGCCAGGCUGUUUUUUUCCAUGGUAGAAUCCGAGCCGCGCUGUUGACGUCACACGCAAUUGACUAUGUUGAGACGCAUGUAGAUGACCCGGUGACACUGUCCUCACAGUGUACUAACUGACGUCACACACGAUGAACAAAUCAUUUGCCCUGGCCUUGCUUGGCCAUGAGCCAGAUUAAUAAAGUGUACUUAACUCGGUGAGAGCAAGAGGCCAGAAUGAGUCUCAUUUGCAACCAUGAACUGAGGGAAUCAUUCUGCCAAAAGGGAGCGAUGAUCCCUUUGCAUCGUUCCAAAUGAGUUACUUGCGGGUAAUUUUUGGCAUUUCGCAGAUUUGGACCCUAAUGCCCACACACAUUUGGCCAUUCUUGUGACUCGCAUCAAGGGAUACUCAACGUCCACUUCAGCAGACAGCAUGGUAUUCUUCCGUUUGUUACACCGGCAUUAUAAUAAUCGGGGCGGCUGAUUGAUCCAAACCACGAAUCUCUGCAACAAGCGGCGAACGAGCUACUGUAAGGGGCCACGUCCAUCGCAUCACGUUCCUUAAGAAUGUAUCGUGAGGCCCGCGUACCGCUGCUCGGUUCUGGCUCUGCUCUGCAAAUGGCUAGUGGAAAAACCAUCCAAUAUGGCGGCCGACUAAUAUCGCUAGUGGAAAGAGGGGUAUGGUAAUUAACUCUGGGUUUUGUACACGGGUGGUGAGGAAAGUGGUUUAAGUAUGUGUACACGCGCGCGCUCGUUACGCUCCGCUUUAGUACUUGCACGUGCACGCUGCAUGCCUGGCGAGGUGGAGGUUCGAUGAGUUUGUAAGGGAGGAGUCGGGGUGUUUUCCAUCCAUUGGCAGUGAUUGUGAACAGGCUGUUCAUGUAACUUGGCCAAAAUAAACACAAGUCUGCAUGCAUCUUUAAUUAGCCUGCUCUUCAUUUACUUGACCACUACAGUUCCCAAUGCUAGCGGCCUGCGUACGAACAGUGAGAACUGGGAACUGUUAGGACGGCGGAUGACGUUCCAUUGAAGUCUCAGCAUGAAUCCAAGUCGACUAAGUGGGCUCAGGGGGCUCGUACCAUGUACUGCAGCUCCCAAGACGUCUCUUUGGCACCCUGAACCCUGUGGCCUCACGGCAGGUGCUGGAGUUGGCUCCACUUUCACUGUGGCAGCACGUCGUGGCAAGCGGACCCUCCCAGGCGUGCUCGGGUAUGGCACGAAUACAACUCACUCGGGUCGCCACCAAGUGGCGAAGUGACUACAUUAUCAGUGGUGGAGUAUCGACAUUAUCUGCUCAGGGGGUGCGGCAAUCAGUCUGGUUGGGGCCCCAAUAUCUGAUUCGUCACGCACGGUCUCACCCAGGCUAUGAAAUAUCGCAGACUCCUCUUGCCUACUAAUGACGUCGUCGUUACACUCACGGUCUCGAACAUUUAUUGCUGUAGGGGCGCUCCGCUUUCGCACAAUGAAACCGCGACUACAGCUCCACAGUAACAUCUUUGCCAUAUUAUGUUACCGCUCUAAUUACAUUCAACUAAAACGAGGAAAGUACAUGAAAUUAUUU